UUUUCUUUUUCGUGUGAUGAAACGGAGAAUGUCUUAUUGCUAAAUUAUUCAAAACAGUUGUCAAAAUCGUGUUACUGUGAAAAGAAUGUGACAGCCAUUGUUUAGAAAUUGGUUUCACAGAGCGAUAAAAUAAAUUAAUUUACACUGAGGAAAAUGGCAAAAUCGCGCGCUGCAGUCCCAGGCGACAUUACACUCUUGACCCCUUGCUAGUGACACACAAGACUCUUCUGCAACAUAGAAUUACCUAUACGGGGCUAGGGCUAUAAAGGAGUGAUACUUUCACAGUCAUUUCUUAUCGACUUUCUACUCCAAGCCACCCCCACACCCCCGCAACCCUGCAAAAAAAAGAAAAAAAAGAUAGGUACACGUGAACAAGAAGGGCUUCGGAGUCUUUUCUUACUGCUUUUGCUGGGGGUUGGUGCAUGCUCAGUGCACAGAAAGGUGGGUGUGGAAGGGGACAAACCUCAGUCGUUUCCAAGCUCAGCUGCUCCCCGAUGUUGGUUGCCAGGCAGUUAUCACCGUGGCUUUGACGAUUGCAGCGACUGUUGCUCUAAAUCAGAAAUCCAGCAUCCAUCCCUCUCCUCACUUCGUCUUCGCAGAUUAAAGUCUUCAGUAUUAUGUGCAUUUCCUGUCUCCGUCUCUCUGUCUUUCAACGCCGUUUCCACUGAAUGCCUAUUGCUUGCGACUCGUUGCUGGCUCCUGUCUUCUUGUACAACACCUGAAAUUUGUUUGGCUAUCAGCGGUGGAGUAAACACUGUAUUGUAGGUGAACAUGACCACAGCAAAGGAGAACGCACCAGCAAAAACAGCGCAUCAGCAAGAGCAGGAGCUGGUUGGCAGCAAUCCUCCGCAGAGGAACUGGAAAGGAAUUGCAAUCGCCCUGCUUGUUAUUCUGGUCAUCUGUUCCCUGAUUGUCACCUCUGUCAUUCUUCUAACUCCAGGCGAGGAUGACAAUUUGGCACACAAGGGGAAGGUGGCUUUGAAGGAUGUCUUUAGUAGAUUCAAGAUCCAUGACCCAGAAGCCAAGUGGAUCACUAAUAAAGAGAUUUUAUAUCGUACCCAGGAGGGCAACGUGGUGAAGUUCAAUGUUGAAACACAGGAAAACACAACGUUAAUAGAAAACAAAAAGUUUGAGACGUACAAAGUCAGCAAGUAUGAAGUGUCACCAGACUUGGAAUUUGUUUUGCUUGCAUACAAUGUUGCCCCAAUUUAUCAACACUCUUUUACAGCAUAUUAUAUUCUCUGCAAUUUGGGUACAUGGGAGCAUCGCAACUUGAACCCCCCUGAAGUUAGAAAUGCGAAGCUUCAGUAUGCUGGCUGGGGUGCAAAAGGGCAACAACUGAUCUUCAUAUUUGAGAACAACAUCUACUAUCAAUCCAACGUGAACAGCAGAGCAAUUCGCCUGGUCUUGUCUGGAAAAGAGGGGGUCAUUUUUAAUGGCCUGAGUGACUGGCUCUAUGAAGAGGAGAUUUUCCAAAGCCACAUUGCUCAUUGGUGGUCUCCUGAUGGCGCCAGGUUAGCAUACGCCACUAUCAAUGACACACAGGUGCCCACAAUGGAGAUUCCCAUGUACACAGGUUCUGCAUACCCUACUGGGAAAGAAUACCACUACCCAAAGGCUGGGAAGGAAAACCCAACAAUUUCCUUGUAUGUGGUGAACCUGAAUGGGCCGCCGCAUACUACUGAAAUGAAACGUCCUGAAGAUCAGAGGAUACGGGAGUAUUACAUCACGAUGGUGAAAUGGGCAACAAGCACUAAGCUGGCUGUCAACUGGCUCAACAGAGCCCAGAACAUCUCUAUCAUGACUCUGUGUGAAGCUACUACUGGUGUGUGUACGAAGAAACAUGAAGAUGAAAGUGAGGGCUGGUUGCACAGACAGAAUGAAGCUCCUCUGUUCUCUGAAGAUGGGAAGACCUUCUUCUUCACGCGAGCGAUUCCACAAGGAGGACGGGGAAAGUUUUUCCAUAUUGCUAUGUCUUCUUCCCAGAAUAACGGUUCCACAGACACUUUGCAGUCGAUAACUUCAGGGGACUGGGAUGUGACGGAGGUUUUGUCUUACGAUGAAGCGAAACAGAAAUUCUAUUUUCUGAGCACAGAAGAUGGUUCGAAAAGGAGGCAUCUGUACAGUGCUGACACUACUGGGACGUUUAACAGGCGUUGUCUAUCCUGCGACCUAAUUGAGGGCUGUGGCUAUGUCAGUGCAUCGUUCAGUCCCAAUAUGCAGUAUUUCAUCUUAAACUGUGAAGGCCCUGGAAUUCCGACUGUGACUGUGCUUCAAACUGAUAACAGAAACAGGGUUUAUGAUUUGGAGACUAAUGAAAUGGUAAAGAAGACUCACGAUUCCAUGCAGAUGCCAAAAGUGGAGUACCAAGACAUAAACAUAGAUGACUACACACUAACACUACAGAUCCUGAAACCUGCUGGCUUUGUGGACACUGCACACUAUCCUCUGCUUCUGUUGGUCGAUGGCACGCCAGGUGGAAAGAUGGUGACAGAACAGUACCAGGUGGAUUGGGCCACUGUCCUGGUCAGCAGUUUCAGCACCAUUGUGAUACGCUUUGAUGGCCAUGGCAGCGGUUUCCAAGGGACCAAACUUUUACACACAGUUCAGCGAAAACUAGGAAUUUUUGAAGAACAGGGUUUAUUACAAGUUCUCAGCUUCAUAGCUAAAAAGCCGUACAUUGACAAAACCAGAAUUGGGGCUUUUGGAGAGGUAUAUGGAGGUUAUUUAACCACUCUGCUCCUCACCUCUGAAGAUUCCCUAUUACAAUGUGGAGCCGCUCUUUCUCCAAUCACAGACUUUACGUUGUAUGCGUCUGCAUUUUCAGAACGAUAUUUAGGAUCACCAGAAAAGGACAGUAGAGCGUAUGAGUUGGCUAAGUUAGCUCCUCGUGCAGCACAGAUGAAUGACAAAACAUAUCUGAUUAUUCACCCAACCGCAGAUGAGAAAGUUCAUUUCCAGCAUACUGCAGACUUUAUUUCUCAUCUAAUCAGUGCAAAAGCGAAUUACUCACUUCAGAUCUAUCCAGAUGAGGGUCAUUUCAUGCAUAAUGAAGGAAUAAAGCAACACCUAUACCAGUCUCUUGUGAACUAUUUUGAAGAAUGUUUUAGGCUUCCUGAUAAACUUUUUGAAGAAAAAAUGGAAGAGGAGGAGGAGGAGGAGGAGGGUUAGCCUUAUAUCCAUGCCAAGCACAAUCCUGCUUCUCCAAUACAAUAUGCAACUGAGUGCUUUUUCUUUUCUUUUUUUAAAAAUUUUUUUUGUACUUGAACAGUAUUAUGUUAGCAUGUAUCUCAGACUGAAAAGCAGCGUCUAUCUGCUUCACCUGACCACAGUUCUGUCAUCCCAGCAGGGGGAACAUUGGGCAUGGUGCAUACACAGUCUUUGACUUUGGUUCUGAAAUCACAAUGGCAUCACUGUUUUAUUCCAUAAAUUAAAAGUUGUAGAAAGACUCCCAACUGCAGAAGCAGCAAGGCUCCCAGGGCAAGAGGGUUAGGGUUCUUUUCAAAGGAUCUCUUCAGACACAUGGUACCCAUUGUGUAUGCUGAAGAGCAGAACUAUUAAUGAAUGCUUAGGAGAAGAUUUUGUAGCACAAGCAUUUCAGCUGGGCGUAUUAACUUCCAUUUCAGAAAUCAGCUGGGGUUUUAAAAAAUGAAAUUAAAAUCAUCAUUGUUGUGGGGCUACUUUAUGUAAUUACCAAUACUAUUUUUAAAUCAUGAUAACCUUCAUCACUGAUUGUGCUCGUAUGCUGUAUAUAUCUAUCUUUUUUUUUUAAUGUAAAGUAGCACACCAAAUAUUGUUGAUUAAAAAAUUCAGAUAUUGGGGCAAAUUCAGACAUUGUUUUUCAAUGUUUUCUUUAAGUUAGUCCUCGUCUAGGAAUCUAGUAGUCUUGAACAUAUAUAGUUUACUAGCUUUGAGUUGGUAUGUGGUUUAUGGGAUCUAAGUUAUCUGCACUAUUUCUCAAUGUGUUUAAACCAUGUACAGUAACAACAAAAGUUUGUCAGACUGUCCUUGUUUUGCUUGGCUUGUGCUGAGAGAUACCCACAGUGCUACUGGAAACUUGUUUUAGGUACUGUACCUUAAUUUGGGAGCAGAUGUUCCUUUCCAGAAGAUAGUUUCUAACAAGCCAGUUUCCUUUAAUUGACCUUGAAAAAAAUGAACAAUAGAAAUGCUCUCAACUCUUCGAGCACAAACAUGCCAUUUUAAAAAAUGUGUCAGCUAUAACUAGAGGCCGUCCAAAUCUGUGGAUAACGGAAUUCCUCAGAAAUCGGGGAAUUCACAGUCUUCCACAGAUUCGCCUGCUAAAGUGACCUGAAAUCUAUAACUUAGUUGUUUAGUUCUAGUUUUGUUAAAUUAACAGAUGUUUUGUCUCCUUCACAAAGUAGGAGUUAAUUAAAGACUAAGGCUUUGAAAAUGUGACAGUUUCUAAUGAUUUUACUGACAAAAGUGAUUGAUAUAUUUAAUUGGAGGUACUCAACCCAUAUAUUGUUUAAUAUGAUUAUAUUAAUUUGAUUUACAUUUUUAUAAGCCUAUUACAGGCUAAUGUUACUUACGUGGGUCCUCACUGAAUAUUACUGAAUCAGACACAGAGCAGUGGGUGUGACAAAGCACAUUUAACAAAACAAAGCAAAACAAAGCUAAAAAAAUAAAGUUUUGCCACACAAGAAGGGUGCUAGCCUCACUAAAAGAGAAGGUCCUGCUCCAGGAACCUACUACACUAUGAAACCCUCUCUAUAUUUAGUUUGGGAUCAUAUCCCCUAAACUAACCUACUGCUGUUGCUCACGAAGUCCUGGCCUCCCGGUGACUCCAGGUCUUCCUGACGGUCCUGGCUGGCCAGAGCCUUCACAGGCACUGAUUGCAGUUGAAGGGGUUCUGUAGUAGUUAUCCCUCGGAGCGGACACUCUCGUCCUGGAUGUAAACACAGCACCCGUCUGUAUGGCUAUGGCAGUGCAUUAGUCUCGAAUGCCAAUCGAUCAGCUCAUCUCCGGGCAAGCCUUCCUGUUUACUAAGCAAUAGCACAGCUGAACCAGCGACAGGGUCCUCCUUGUCACAAAGACAUUAUUAUUUAUUUCUUAGCCGACGCCCUUAUCCAGGGCGACUUACAAUUGUUACAAGAUAUCACAUUAUUUUUACAUACAAUUACCCAUUUAUACAGUUGGGUUUUUACUGGAGCAAUCUAGGUAAAGUACCUUGCUCAAGGGUACAGCAGCAGUGUCCCCCACCUUGGAUUGAACCCACGAGCCCCAACCACUACUCCACACUGCUGCCCAUUAUUAAUAACAACACUAAACACAUCAGAUGCUCCUCAGAACACUCUGUAGAUAUAUACUUACACAUUUCUGCAGUUGUUUGCAGAUUUGGAUGGCCUCUAGCUUUAACCAAUAAAGGCAACCUUUCAGUGUCACUCUCAAUAUUGUCCAAAAACACCCAUGCGUCUUUGCAUGCCUGCAAAGUUAUUGUUUUGUAGCAUUGAAGUUUGUGGCAACAUAUUUAAGACAUUGCUAUACCACAGUAAGCCAAUCCAGCAAAUAGGACAUUGGAAUGUGGUUGUACUGUUAAAAUAGGGCGCAACCACAGUUUGUCUGUUGUCAGUACUUUUAAUUCUGUAACAGUUCUUGAGGCACAGGUCUUGUUAAUACGUGUUUUCCUUAAAUGUGAAUAGUCUGACAUCAGCACCCAGCUGUAGAUUAGUCCUGUGUUUAAAAUGCAUGCCAGCAACCAUGCCAUUUUGCAACUCAAAGCUAUUUUCUUUAGUAAGUAGUUUUAAAUGUACAGUCUUUUUUGGACAGCUUGAAUGUUCCUGCCGAGUUACAUUUCCUUUAAUAGUGUGGGUAAUCUCACUGUCCCAUCGACUAUGUUGUAUAAAUGUGGUUCUUCUUCAAUAUUAUUUAAGUCUAUUAAGAUCUUAGUGUUAAUUAUAGAUGAAGCAUUUUAACAGUUAUAUUUCAGAAAUAAUUUUCUUGAUUUUUAUUUUAUUUUUUAUUUUAUUCUGUUUUAUUUUUUGUGAAAAGUAUACUAAUGUAUUCUGGACAUGCCAAAAUGAGGAGAACAUUGUGUAUUCAGUGUAUAAAAGGGAGCUGUAUCUUUGUAAUACUGAUGGAAAAGAUCCACAAACAAUAUGCUGGGAAUCAAACUUGAUGCAGUCUGUUUUGUCUACUGAUUUUGUAGAAGGGAAAUCUGAAUGUGGCAUGAAGGCAUUUGUCAUCAGAAUAAAAGUUAUUUUAACAUUG